GCGGAGGAGGAGGAGGAGGAGGGGAAAGGAGCGCAGCUUCCUCCGCCCCCAGUCGGGGUCGGUCCGUUAGCAGGAGCGCAGGGCCGGGGCGGCGGUGCCCGGGACGAGUUUGCGGCAGCGCCUCCGGACCCCUCUCCGCCCCAGGCGCUGCUCCCUGCGGGCUACCUGCGGGAUCUGUGCCGCGGCGGCCGGGCGGGCAGCAUGGACCCCGCGGCGGCGGCGGGACGGCGGGGGGCGGCGGGCCGCCUCCUGCUCCUGCUGGCGGCCGCGUCGCUCCUUUGCCUCCGCGCGGCAGGUGAAAUGGAAAUUCCAGAUUCAAAUGACCCCUUAGGUCAUGUGGAUGGACUUGAGAGACCAAUUCCAACACCUAAAGGUUACUUCCUGACCUUCUUGGAACCAGUAAACAAUAUCACUGUAGUCCAGGGGCAAACAGCAAUCCUCCACUGCAAGGUAGCAGGAAAUCCAUCCCCGAAUGUCAAAUGGCUAAAAAAUGAUGCUCCAGUGGUUCAGGAGCCAAGACGGAUCAUCAUCAGAAAAACAGAUUAUGGUUCACGUCUGAGAAUCCAGGAUCUGGAUACCACAGACACAGGAUACUACCAGUGUGUGGCUUCAAAUGGGAUGAAGACAAUAACUGCAACAGGAGUUUUGUUUGUCAGGCUCGGUCCAACAAACAGCCCAAAUCACAAUCUUCAAGAAGAUUACCAUGAAGAUGGGUUCUGUCAGCCAUAUAGGGGAAUUGCGUGUGCACGAAUCAUUGGAAACAGAACCAUUUAUGUGGACUCCCUCCAGAUGCAAGGGGAAAUUGAAAACCGAAUUACUGCUGCGUUCACCAUGAUUGGUACUUCGACGCAUUUGUCUGACCAGUGCUCGCAGUUCGCUAUACCCUCCUUCUGCCACUUUGUGUUUCCCCUGUGCGAUGAGCGCUCUCGGACCCCUAAGCCACGGGAGCUGUGCCGGGAUGAAUGUGAAGUUCUGGAGAAUGAUCUCUGUAGGCAGGAGUAUAACAUUGCUAGGUCAAACCCUCUCAUCCUGAUGCAGCUACAGUUGCCUAAGUGUGAGGACCUCCCACGACCUGACACCUUGGAAGCUGCCAACUGCAUAAGAAUUGGGAUCCCUGUGGAGAGACUGAGCCGAUAUCAUCAGUGCUACAACGGUUCUGGAGCUGACUACAGAGGGACUGUCAGCGUUACCAAGUCUGGCCAUACUUGCCAGCUCUGGGACUCACAGAGUCCCCACAACCAUGAUCUGACAAGCGCACAGUUUCCAGAGCUAGGUGGAGGACAUGCGUAUUGUCGAAAUCCUGGAGGUCAAAUGGAUGGUCCCUGGUGUUUUACAAAGAAUAAAAACGUACGCAUGGAACUGUGUGACAUACCUUCUUGUAGUCCACGUGACAACAGCAAAAUGGGAAUCCUCUACAUCCUUGUUCCCAGCAUAGCCAUCCCCCUGGUGAUAGCCUGCCUUUUUUUCCUGGUCUGCAUGUGCAGAAACAAGCAGAAGGCAUCUGCUGCUACACCACAGCGCCGCCAGCUGAUGGCAUCUCCCAGCCAAGACAUGGAAAUGCCGCUCAUUAAUCAACACAAACAGGCUAAGCUUAAAGAAAUUAAUCUGUCCACUGUGCGGUUUAUGGAGGAACUAGGAGAGGAGAGGUUUGGCAAAGUCUACAAGGGGCAUCUCUUUGCUACAGCACCAGGUGAACAGACACAAGCCGUUGCCAUUAAGACGCUUAAAGACAAAGCAGAACUGGCUCUUCGGGAAGAAUUUAAACAUGAGGCAAUGAUGAGAUCACGAUUACAGCACCCAAACAUAGUUUGUUUGCUGGGAAUAGUGACAAAGGAACAACCUAUAAGUAUGAUAUUUAGUUAUUGUUCCCACAGUGAUCUCCAUGAGUUCUUGGUGAUGAGAUCUCCCCAUUCAGAUGUUGGCAGCACUGAUGAUGACAAGACAGUGAAAUCCACCCUGGAACCAGCAGACUUUUUUCACAUUGUGACUCAGAUAGCUGCAGGAAUGGAAUACCUUUCUAGCCACCAUGUUGUCCACAAGGACUUGGCAACUAGAAAUAUACUGGUGUUCGAUAAACUGAAUGUGAAAAUAUCUGAUUUGGGCCUUUUCAGGGAAGUUUAUGCUGCUGAUUACUACAAACUGAUGGGAAAUUCCCUUCUUCCUAUCCGGUGGAUGUCCCCUGAGGCUAUUAUGUAUGGCAAGUUUUCUAUUGAUUCGGAUAUAUGGUCAUAUGGAGUUGUGCUGUGGGAAGUUUUCAGCUAUGGCCUACAGCCUUACUGUGGUUAUUCUAACCAGGAUGUCAUUGAGAUGAUCAGGAACCGACAGGUUUUGCCAUGUCCUGAUGACUGCCCCACAUGGAUAUACACUUUGAUGUUGGAGUGUUGGAAUGAAUUUCCCAACAGAAGACCAAGAUUUAAGGAUAUACAUAAUAGACUAAGAACAUGGGGAAACCUUUCUAAUUACAACAGCUCAGCGCAAACUUCUGGGGCAAGCAACACCACACAAACAAGUUCUCUCAGCACAAGCCCUGUUAGUAAUGUCAGCAAUGCUAGAUACAUUGGACCAAAGCAGAAAACUCCAGCCUUCCCUCAACCUCAGUUCAUACAAAUGAAAGGCCAGAUGAGGCCAAUGGUCCCACCUCCUCAGCUCUACAUUCCAGUCAAUGGUUACCAGCCAAUGCCUGCCUAUGGUGCUUACUUGCCAAAUUUUUAUCCCGUCCAAAUUCCAAUGCAAAUGGCUCCUCAGCAAAUACCCCCCCAGAUCAUUCCCAAACCAGGCUCCCACCACAGCGGGAGUGGAUCUACCAGCACAGGCUAUGUAACAACAGCACCUUCGAAUGCGUCGGUGGCCGACAGGGCUGCUCUGCUGUCAGAAGGCACGGAUGACACACACAAUGGAACGGAAGAUAUUGCCCAGAACCCUGUCCAGGAGGAGGAGGAAGAAGAGGGCUCUGUGCCUGAAACAGAAUUGCUGGGUGAUAAUGACACACUUCAGAUGGACGAAGCAGAAAUUCAAUCAGAAGCCUAAGGAAUUUGGCCUCAUUGCUAAGAAUUCCACGUCGCUUCCAUGCAUGGAGACGGUAGAUCCUUAGGCUUAAUAGAGUGAUUUUGAUCUGACUCAAAGAAACAAAACUAAAAAAAGCAACACCCAUUUAAAGUGCAGCAGUAAUGAUAUACCAGGUUUAAUGACCAUUGCUGCCAUCAGAUUUUUCAAAUAUGAUGGUAUAGAAUUGCUGGGUUUAAUCUUUUUACUGUCCUACAGUUCUUGAGAGAAGCUGCUUUUCAAAUAUGUACUGUUGCUGUGCAACAUAUUGCAGAGUAGCAUUGCACAUCAUGUAUAUCAUGAUAUGUGAGUGUAAUGUUAGUGAAUUAUGCUUAAACCAAUAACACAAAAAGGAAUCCAGCUGGUUGCAGAACUGCUCUAAGCAUAAAGAAGUGCCCUGGAUGUGAUGGACAGCUUAGUUUGUAGUAUUUAUCUCUUCGACAAAAUGGACACAAGACUGUUGUUUGCUUUUUGAGUCAGAAAAACUAAGUUGAGAAUAAUGAUCUGUGUUUGUAUUACAAUAACAAGAAAAGGGGGGAAACUGAACAUAAAACUGGCUGUGCUGAGUAAGACCACAGGUCUGUCCAGUCCAGCAGCAUGUCUUGAAAGACCGUCGAUAAUGUCUGCCCAGGGACAGACUGCAAGGGCAACUUCCCUUGUGGAAUUUUCCCAGGGUAUUUCCCCAGCCUCCAGCAAUUUGUGGCUUAGGGUCUUCCCAAGCCUGAAGUGGAUUUUUUUUUCUUCUAAAUAGCCCUUGAUGGAAUUUUCUAUCGUGGAUUUAUCCAAAUGAUUUUGAGCUCACAUAAAGUUAGAGUAUCCACAAGAGCUUGUGGAAUAACAUGAGAGGAGAAAGGAUGGUUUUCUUUCAUCACUUCGGGUGAGUGACUGUGACAGAAGCUUCCCAAUGAGAUCAUCUGACUGCAUUUAUGGAUGAGAGUAUUCCGUCUCUGCUGUGUAUUUUCAGCAGCAAACAGCCUUAAUACACUGUUAACCAAAAAUGGGGAUAUUGUAGGGGAUAUUAUAGGUGUGCACUAACUUAAUAAAUCCAACUUUAACUUCGUAUUGGUUAUCAAGUAUAGAAAAGGUCUCCACAUGUAUGUUCCUACAUUGUAAAAGUGUUGGGUUUUGUGCGGGGUUAUAGACUUACUUGAUUUACCACAGUUACUGCUGGAUUGCAUGUGAAACCAUGUUUUUUUUCCUGGCUUUUUAGUAAAAAUUAUCUUUGAACUUUAGAAGACCAAAAUAAGCAAUACUGUACAAGGUGCUGUUUUUGUGCUUCUAUUUGCAGGAUGAAUCAUGUACAGACCUUUAAAUGUAAUUUAUGUUUUACUGCAUUUUAUAUACAUUUUUUCAUUGAAAUAUUUGGACUUUUGAAUGAAUGACUUUAUAACUUAACCAUUUACAAUAUUCACAUGUGGUGCAGUUUUAUAGUAUUGCUGUUUCAUUUUGUUAAACAUGCAGACAGGUCCAUACAUUUCGUGACCCCUUUCUGUAAUACAAGCAGUACACAUUCUCAUUGUAGCAUUGUAGCCAACACACACUAUAGCUAUAAGCUGUACAUCCAACAUGGAUUAUUCAAUAAAGUGAUGCAAAAAGUAUGAUGAA